AAUUAUAAUUGUAUUAUGUCGGGGAGAAUUGUAAUAGAAAUUGAUGAUGAUACUGACGAAGAUAUUCCCACUACCCAAGUUAUAAAGAAACAAAAAAAUAAUUUUUCAAUAAACACUCCUACUAAAUUAGAAUCACCAAAGAAAAACAGUUUUCAAUUAGAAAAACAGGAAGAUGAUGAGGACGAUGAAACAGAUGUUGAGGAAAAUAUUAAUAGCGCAGCAAACAAACACACAGCAACAACUACAACUACAACUACAACUACAACUACAACUCCAACUCCAGCUACAGCCGCAAACUCAAAAACAAAUAAUAUAACGCCAAUUAAAUCAACCAAUAAAUCACAAAAACCGAAUGAAGCAACAACAUUUUGUACGAUUAUAGGUGAGAAUUAUUAUUUAUCCAAUACGUUUUAUUUAAAUACAAUUAAAAAUCAACCAAAGAAUUUGUUUAAUUCGCCAACAACAUUAACAAUUGAACAUUUACUUUUGGAAAAGGAUAUGAAGAGUGCCAUGGUGUGUGGUUUUUGUUUAGAAAGUGAAUGGAUAUAUAAAAUAUUUUAUGAAGCCCAAGGAAGACACGUGCCGAUAACUUUUAUCAGGCAUUACUUUAUUUCAGAGGAGAAGAAAGGCAUACAACAAAUCAAUAAAUCAACAAUGGCAAUUAACCCACCAUUGGGUAGCUAUCAAACAUUUCAUGGCAAAUUAAUUUUAUUAGUAUUUCCAGAGUUUAUUAGAAUCAUAAUACCAUCGAGCAACCCGACACAACUAGAUUACGAUAGUUUAAACCAAACUAUCUGGUUUCAAGAUUUCCAAAUAAAAAAAGCACCAAAACAAGCAACACCAUCAAAAGAUAAUGACUUUUUAAAAACACUAAAGUAUUUUUUAGCAAGUAUCGGUUGUCCAUCAGUUAAAUUUUUAGACGAAUAUGAUUUUUCAGAAGCUUCAGCACAUUUGAUUAUUUCAGUACCAGGUUUUUAUAAACACGAUGGAGCAGGCAGUGGUAUUAUAGAAUCUGAUAAACCUUUAAUGGGAAUUUAUAAAUUGGAAAGUGUUUUAAAGAAGUACUAUAGAAAUCAAGAUGAGACUACAGAUUACACAGUUUUAGAUAAAAAUAACCAACAUUGUGUUAGAGAUUUUUAUUAUCAAGCUUCAUCGAUUGGCGGUGAAAAAGGAAACUUUAGGAAUAAUUUCGUAAAACAUCUCAGUCCCAGCAUCGAAAAUAGUGAUAAACCACUUCAUAUAAUUUACCCAACAGAUCAAUGGAUAAAAUCAAACGAUCAUCGAUUACAACAUGCAGGUUGCCUAUUUUUAUCAAAUAAAAACUAUAAUAACGAUAAAUCAUGCUUUUCCUAUUUAUCGCCAAAAUACGAUUAUAGAAAGCAUUUAGUUUAUCACAGUAAGGUUUUGGUUGGUACUUCAACAAGGCUAAACAAACCCUUAAAAGAUACAUUAAAUCAAAGAUCAAAUAUUAAAUAUGAUUGGGUUUAUGCUGGUAGCCAUAAUUUUUCAUCUGCUGCUUGGGGUGCUUUUCAAAAAAAUGAAACACAAAUUCAAAUUUCAAAUUAUGAAAUUGGUGUACUAUUCACAAAUCCCAAUAGUUCAUUAAAUGACAGUUCUCUGCCCGAAUGGUAUGAACAUAUUCCAUUUACCAUACCAUCAAAUUUUUAUAAUAAUGAUGACCAACCUUGGAUUUUAGAAAAUCAAUCAUAAAUAAUAAAUCGUAAUCAUUAAUCAUAAACCAUACCAAAAAUUAUUAAAUUAAAUCAUAAAUUAUAAUUUAAAUCAAAAAAAUUGUAAAUCAAUAAAAUUGUAUAUAAAAAUUUUCAAAUU